AUGGCCACGGCCCGCCACCAAGCUGCGCAGCCACCUCCUCCACCAACCUCCACCAUACACUUCCGGGCCGAGCAGGGCAGGCAGGACGGUGGCCCUAAUAGGACAAAUCACCUCCUCUCUCCCCGUCACGUGAAGGGGGCGACGGCACUUUCAGCCAAUGGCAGGAGAGCAGGCGGAGCGGGGAAACGGGAUAUAGAGAGACAUGGCCGCGCCCACGCUGGCUUUGAGGAAGUGGGCGGGGCUAGGGAGCUUGCGGCUCUUAGCGCCAAAUUCAAACGUUCCGCCAUUUUGGAGAAGCGGCCGGUGAGGGGGAGGCGCUGGGGUCCGCGGGGCCGGUGGCGAUCAUGGCUCCCGGCGUACGAGGUGAGUUCGUCUCCUGUGAUUUUGUCGGGAGAUUUACGUGACUCUGCAUUACCUGUGUUGAACUCAUCUAGUGUUGAAGGUGAUGCUAUCAAAGUCUAUGUAAGGGUACGUCCCCCUUCAGAGGGAACUGUGUUAGCCGAUGGGGAUCAAGGCUUGUGUUUAUCUGUUCUUUCAUCAAAUACCAUCCGUCUGCAUUCAAAGCCUGAGCCAAAGAUCUUCACUUUUGAUUAUGUUGCAAAUAUGGAAACAACACAGGAAUCGGUGUUCUCAAGUGUGGCCAAAAAUAUUGUUGAAUCUUGUAUGAAUGGCUACAAUGGAACCAUCUUUGCAUAUGGCCAGACUGGGUCAGGAAAAACCUUUACGAUGAUGGGACCAUCUGAUUCGGAUAAUUUCACUCACAGUCUAAGAGGUGUCAUUCCACGGAGCUUUGAAUACUUAUUUUUUCUAAUUGAACGUGAAAAAGAAAAGGCAGGCAGUGGAAAGAGUUUUCUCUGCAAAUGCUCAUUUAUUGAAAUCUACAAUGAACAGAUAUUUGACUUGCUAGAUUCUGCUUCAGCUGGACUCUUUCUCCGAGAACACAUCAAGAAGGGAGUCUUUGUUGAUGGUGCUGUUGAACAGGUGUUGUCAUCUGCUGCUGAAGCAUACCAGGUAUUAACUAUGGGCUGGAGAAACCGUCGCGUAGCAUCAACCUCAAUGAACAGAGAAUCCUCAAGAUCACAUGCAGUUUUCACUAUCACAGUGGAAUCCAUGGAGAAAAACAAUGAGGUUGUUAACAUUCGGUCUUCCCUGCUCAAUCUGGUAGACUUGGCAGGAUCUGAGAGACAGAAAGACACCCAUACAGAAGGACUGAGGUUAAAGGAAGCAGGUAACAUAAAUCGAUCACUAAGUUGCCUUGGACAAGUAAUCACAGCACUUGUUGAUGUGGGUAAUGGAAAACAGAGACACAUUUGCUACCGGGAUUCCAAGCUCACUUUUCUGUUACGGGAUUCCCUUGGUGGUAAUGCAAAAACAUCCAUAAUUGCAAAUGUUCAUCCAGGAUCCAGGUGUUUUGGUGAAACACUGUCCACCCUCAAUUUUGCUCAGCGAGCAAAGUUGAUUAAAAACAAGGCCGUGGUAAAUGAAGACACACAAGGAAAUGUGAGCCAGCUGCAAGCUGAGGUCAAGAAGUUGAAAGAGCAGCUCGCUCAACUUACUUCAGUGCCAUCUAUGCGAGAUAUUUCUGUAUCACAAGGGAAGAACAACUUAAAUUAUUUGAACAACUUUCUUGAAGCAAUGUUGUUCUGGGAGAAAUCGGAAGGUGAAAAGAAGAAUUUAUUAGAAAAAAUUGCUCGACUAGAAGAUCUGUGUGCCAAGAAGGAGAAAUUUAUUCAGUCCAAUAAAAUGAUAGUUAAAUUCCGUGAAGACCAUAUUCUUCGCUUGGAGAGAUUACACAAAGAGGCUGGUGGAAGUUUAUUGCCAAAAGAGCAAGAUGAUCUCCUCAGUGAAUUGAGGGAGGAAUUGCAGAUGCUCAGAGAACAGAUGGAACAACACCCACGAAUUGCAAAGUAUGCCAUGGAGAACCAUAACCUCAGAGAGGAGAAUAAAAGACUUCGUUCUUUACAGUCAGUUAGAAAGGCCCAAGAAAUUGAUGCUCAGACCAUUGCAGAACUAGAAAAAGCUUUUUUGGAAGCUUCAGCCACAGAGAAAAAUACUGGAGGUCAUCACUUAUAUUCUGCCACUAUAUCAGCGGAAGGCAACUCACUGGCAUCUGUUGAAAGGUUGAAAGCACGCCUGCUACAGACUCAGAGUGAACUGGCAAGCUCAAAGCAAGAAUAUGAAGAAUUCAAAGAGCUAACCAAGAAAAAGCAUAUGGAACUGGAAUCAGAACUUCAAUCCCUUCAGAAAGCAAACCAACAUCUUGAAAACAUUCUGGAGGCAACCAAAGCGCACAAGCGUCGAGAAGUCUCUCAGUUACAUAAGCUACAUAGGGAAACUCUUAAGAACAUAACCACUCCAACAAAAGCCUACCAGCUAAGAUCUCGCCUAGUGCCGCGAAUAAGCCCAGAAAUCUUAGAUUAUCAUUCUGAAGAUUUUCAGUGUUCUGAAGAGAUGAUGGAUGACAUUUUGAAAGAGCCAGUUCCCCCUGAGAGGAAUGAACAAGCAUUUGAGGCCAUUGCUGAGGAGCUCAAAGUGGCACAG